UGGACGGCCAUUUUGAAAACAUUUUUAUUCGCAGCUGAAGUAAAACAAACCAUGAAAACCGCAAACAAAGUGAGAAAAAGAAAAUUGGAGCCACCAAGUACACCUGAAGAUGUGCCAUACUGUGAGAGCCCAAGUAAAGUUUUCAAAAGUGACCAAACAGGUGUCUUUAUUCCAGGAAAUCAUGAAGCUGAGAUGUGCUAUGGAGGAGAAGCUGAUCUACAUAAACAUGUUACUGGCUGUAAGAAGAAUCCAGGUCACAAAGGUUUUAUACCGCUUAUAGAUUUCAACGCAAAUUGUCUCCCCUCACGUUACCAUGGCGACGAGCUUGUGUCUGAGACAAUCAAAACAUUGGCAGCCCUAACUGUCCAGGUAAAGACUAAAUUCACCAGUCUAGAGAGACCAGAGUUUUACCCAGGCACUCAAUUUCCAUAUCCAUGUUUUAAUGACAGAGGAAGUCACGUGAUGAGGUUAGGGACGGGGAGGGUGUGGCUUGUGAACAAGUACACAGAGAGUGACAGAACUUGUCGUUGUGCCAAGUGUCAAGUCUCUGCCACACCCAGCAAAGGGUGGGGAAUGAUUGAAGUGUUGACAGCCACACACGUGGUGUUUGAUGACAGUGAGGCGAGACAGACCAGGUGUGUUUAGGGUUUUGAUGACAAUAAAAGUCCAGUGGUCAGUCUUGAUGGCUGGGGGGUGGAUGGUGGGGCAAACAUUGAGAGUGACAGGUGUUGGUUGAAAUAUGUGACAUGUGACUUAGAGUUGGUUGAUGAACUGUACAAGAUGUGUCGGCGCUUUGAUGACUUAUGUAGGGAAGUAAAGGACAAAUACUUGAGAUUUGAUGAUGUGGACAAGUUGACCGUUAUAGUGUCACAUCCUCAUGGCUGUCCUAAACAGGUCUCUGUAGGACAAUGGACUCAGAAACAUGAGAGGUAUGAUGAUGAGCAUUAUAUCCCCUACACCAGGUACAGGUACACAACAUGUACAUGUCCAGGCUCCAGUGGAGCACAGGUCUACAGGCUGGGAAAUCGCGCCUGGUUUUCUAACCACCCCCUCAGUGGAUCAAACUCUGAAGGAAAUUAUAGUGGGGAGAUAUUUUUUGAUGUAACUGUUGGUUCUCUCCCCUUGUCUACACAAUGUAAACAAACAAAAUGGUGGAAUAUUUCCCGUCAGUAAACUGUUUGUGUAGAGAUAUGCUUGUCUUGUAAACAUUUUAUUACAUUUAAAUGAUUAAAACAAUUGUUUUGAUUGAUUCGAACCGUUUAACCGUUACAAUUUGCAUCUACCAUAAUGUUUUUUAGGCACUUUAUAUGUUUAUUGUUGUAAAUAAUUUCCUGGUACCAAAUGUCGGCAAAUUUGUUGAUCUAUUCUUUCCAUGAAUUGUAAUUUUACAAAUCAAAUUUCUUGCUAUUUUUAUUUGUUUACAAAAUUAUAAAAAAUUAGAAAAUAAAUG